AUGGAGAAGAUCGAGAAGAAGAUAUCGAGGUUCUUACAGAGCCCUCUUUGGGCUCAUGUCCUCGCUGACGUGCAUCACGUGGUAGGUAUUAAAGGAUAUAAUCCAAGUGGGAACUAUUUAAUUGCAACAAAAUUUUUUGAUUAUGUACCGUUAUCAGUUCCCGAUGAUGAAAAUAUUCCUCAAAAGAAGAGACAAGUUAUGGAUGAAGAUAACAAGCCUGCUGAUUUAUCUGAUAUAACAUCAGAUUUAUCAUUGAUUAUUGCUUCAGGCCCUUACACCAUGACUGGCAACUUAUUCUUUGAGCCACUCUCUGAUCUUCUUGCAUGUGCACAAAGAAAGCAACCCGCAAAAGACACUCCUGCAGACUUGUCGCUUGCUCCAAAAGCCCUUCAAAUGCCUAGAGUUCCAUACAUUCUCAUUGUCCCUUCAGACCUCACACACUUUGUGAAGGUUUUGAGCUUGGAGGGGACAAGUGAAGGAGGUGAAGAAGUGAAAUGCAUGUGUGUGAAGUCGGGAAGACUGGCGAGAGGUGAAGGAGGUGGUCACUUUGUAGAACUUAACUUUGAUGGUACCCAUGACUCAUCUUCUACUUCAGUUACUCGUAUAUGGAAGCAACAUUCAGACAUGUGA